UUCCACUGCAAAGCCCCACCUGCUCCUACUCCUCUUGGUCCAGCACCAUGUACACCGCUGACACGUCCUCGCCGUCGCUCAACUCCUGGCCGUGCCGUCCUCCGCCGCCCGUUGCCGCCUCGUGCACCUACACUUCUACAUGCACGACAUCAUCGGCGGGCCGGGGCAGACAGCGGUGCGGGUCGUCAGGGGCCAGGGCCCGCCGCACCCGUCCAUGCCUGGGAGCUACUUCGGUGACACGGCGGUGAUCGACGACCUCCUGACGGAGGGCCCUGGCCUGACGUCGAAGGCCGUCGGCCGGGCACAGGGCACGUACGUGCUAGCCGCCAUGGACGUCCCCGUGCUGGCGGUGAGCGUGACGGUGGUGAUCACCGAGGGGCAGUACAACGGGAGCACCCUUGUCAUCGCCGGCCGCGACGACAUCUCCCAGGAGGUGAGGGAGCUCGCGGUGGUCGGCGGGACGGGGCAGCUCCGGCGGGCUACCGGGCACGUGCUGUGGAGGACGGCCGAGGACGUGUCAGCGGUGUACAUGGUGCUGGAGCUGGACGUGCACGCGACGGUACCGAACGGCGCUGCUGCUGGUCGUCGUCAUGGAUGGGGCUGGCCGGCCGCCGCCGUGGGCAGCAGGAACAUGUCGGUCGGUUUGUCCGUUGAUUCCUAGAACAAGUCUGCCAUUGCCGCCACUUGUAAAACUCUCAUCUCUCCCACAAAAAUAAAUACCGUACUGGUCUUGCCGGUUUUAGGAUCAGUCGAUCUGGGAGAGAACACAAUGCGGUGCGUAGCUUUCAGGCCGUGGCCGAGUUAAAAACUUGCGCACCUCGCGUAGUACGUGAUUAACUCGCUACUAGUACUUUUUUGUUACGCGUCAAG